GCAAAGCAAGGAAAAGUGACAAACGAUUGCAAGGUUCUCAUGCUAGCGGUUUCACCAUGAGAAUGUCCUGGGUAUUAACGGUAGUUCUCUUCUCUGCCUCUGCUUUGGCAAAGAAAACAGAACCGAGAAGCGUCAAAGGAGAACUUGUCAUUUGCAGCGAAAACGACGCAGUGGACCUAGUGUUUCUGCUGGACGCCUCCAAGAGCGUGGGCUUCAAAAACUAUGGACGGGUGGUCGGCUUUGUCCAGGAUUUUGUGAAUGUGUACGAGAUAGGACCUGGUCACACCCGUAUUGGUCUAGUCUACUUCAGUGUAAAGGCGACUAAAUACAUGGGCUUGGCAGACUUCGCGGACAAGCAAGCCAUUUUGGAUCAUAUCGGUCUGAUGAGUGAAAAAACAUUUAAGAAUGAGUUGGGCGGUAGAACCAACACUUCGGGGGGCUUGGCAGUCGUUCAUAGCGUCUUCCAUGCAAGCCCCAGGACCGAGACUGACGCAAAGAUGGUGAUUCUCAUUAGUGAUGGGAAACCAAACUCUGACAAAGAAUUAACGGUUCCGAACGCUGAUAAACUGAAGGCAGACGGGAUCCAGAUAAUGACUAUAGGGGUCGGGAACUCCAUCCGAAGAGACAAUCUUGAGUUGAUCGCCUCGGAACCAUUCGACAGCUACGUUUUUACCACAAAGAACUUCAAUGAUUUGAUCUCCAAGACACAGGAACUGAUCGCGACAGCUUGUAAAAAUGUCGAAUACUUAAAGUGUCCACCUCAUGAGAGGAGCAUGCAGAUUCUCGCAGAACAGCACGCGGCAAUCGAUGAGGCUAUAGCCGACUUACAAAACGCCAAGGACCUGCUGUGGGAACUGGAUCACCGAUGCAAUGUGAACCCGUGCCCCAGUUGUUUCGUGCGUAAUGAUGACUUCAAAUCCUGCUACAUUUUCGUUGCUGAGACAGUGAGCUGGGCUGACGCCGACCGACUGUGUGCCCGCCUUUACGGGGCCCGUCUGGCGUCCCUGAAUUCCGCUGAAGAAUUCAACUACAUCAAAGGCGAGCCCUUCAAUGACAGUGGUGUCGCUUCCUCAGGGAUCGAUAAAUGGUGGAUCAGCGGCAACGACCUGAUGGAACGCGGCACUUUGAUGUGGGCGGGGGAUGGUCACUCUGUGAAAGUCGACGUCACUGGGGACCCUGACACUGGUCGGUGCGUCUUCUUGGAUGGUGCACACAACCUUAGGAUGACAAGAGGUGCUUGUGGUGUGGCCCAUGGUUUCGUGUGCGAGCGAGGUUUCUAAGAUCGAUAUACAUUGAUUUACCCUCCCAAAAAGAGUCGAUGGAUUGGGUUACGUUUUUUCAACAAGGUUUUCUUCAAUUAUAGACGAUUCUUUCUACAACAGUACUGGACUCUCUAAUUACCGUUUUCUCAAAGUGCUUUUCCUCGGUUUAUCGCGGUUUUAGAGGUACGUGUAAGCUGUAUUUGUUAAGAUGCUUGUCUACUAGACUUUAUAUGCAUAGUCUAGACCAGGGGUUUGUGACUUAGACGUACGUUCUCAGUGUUGACAACUGCUGUAUCUCCCUUCACUGAAUAAUGACAGUUGCAAAGCU